AUGGAACCAACACCAGGACCCCCAUCGAAACUUGCCCACUAUCGGGCGCUGUGUCCAGCCGCAUCAGUGCGGGUCUCGCCCAUCCAACUUGGCGCAAUGAGCAUCGGUGACAAAUGGUUUCCUGGAGCCACCAAGGAGUCGUGCAUGGCGCUUUUGGACGCUUAUUUCGACAAUGGAGGCAACUUCAUCGACACCGCCAACGCGUAUCAGAAUGAAACCUCAGAGAUAUUCAUAGGCGAAUGGAUGGAGAAGCGCAAUAACCGCGACCAAUUGGUUCUUGCAACCAAGUAUAGCCUGGACUACAAGGCGCGACAACCGGGGUUCACCAAUCACGCAAGCUUCAUUGGAAAUAGUGUCAAGUCCAUGACCACAAGUCUGAAUGCGAGCCUGAAGAAACUGGGUACUUCAUUCAUCGACAUUUUUUACGUGCAUUGGUGGGACUGGGAGACCAGCAUUGAAGAAGUUAUGAAUGGUCUCCAUAAUCUCGUCGUUCAAGGCAAGGUUCUGUAUCUUGGGGUGUCAGACACGCCUGCUUGGGUAGUCGCGCAAGCAAAUCAGUACGCCCGCGACCACGGCAAGACGCCCUUCGUUAUCUAUCAAGGUUGCUGGAAUCUGCUUGAGCGCUCAUUUGAACGAGAAAUUAUUCCUAUGGCCAGGGCCCACGGUAUGGCUAUUGCACCGUGGAAUGUACUUGCCGCAGGCAAAUUCCGUACUGCCGCUCAGGAGGAAGAACGAAAUGCGGCAGGCGAAAAGGACCGUUUCAUGUACCAUGCGGUCAACCAGAAGCCCGAAAACAAAAUCAUCUCUGAAGCGCUCGAGAAAGUCGCAGGGGAGCUUGGCGCCAAAAGCAUCCAAGCUGUUGCCAUCGCCUAUGUCCUACAAAAGACGCCGUACUGUUUCCCUAUCAUUGGAGGACGGAAGAUAGAACAUUUGCUCAGCAAUCUUGAGGCCCUAGACAUUUCUCUUUCGGCGGAGCAAAUCCAAAUCCUGGAGAACGCGGUCCCUUUCGACCCUGGUUUCCCCAACUGGAUGAUUGGCGACGGGACAAAACAUGAAGCAUUGUGGAAUGCAUCAGGCACUUUUGUGAAGCAACCCUUGCCCCAACCUAUACGUCCAACGAAUGAGUAG